CAUUUUAAAGGGGGCUUUGGAUAUAGAAAGAAAUCUGUUUAUAUAUAUUUUUUUAUUGCAUAUACAACUUAUGUCUGUCUGCCGGGCACUUAAACACUUACAAGUAGUUAAUUUAAUUUUCAUUGUUAAAACCUAAUUUCUUUUAAGGCGCUGGGUCUCAACACAAAACUAUAUAAAUAAGUGCAUUUUAAGGUUCCGCUUGCAGGUUGAUAACGAGAACUAAAAUCGCCACAUUUAGUACUGACCGGUGAAAAAAAAAAAAUUGCAAAAUAAAAACAUUUGAAAGUGAUCUAAAAAUUUACAGAUUUUUUUCGGUUGUUUUGAAAUGAGUUUUUGAAAAAUUUGAAAAAAACGGUUUUAUUUUUCCAAUUUAUAGAUAAAAGAAAACAAAAAAAGACUAUUUUAAAAUUUUUUAAUUUAAUUUAGUAGAAAAAAUAUGGAAAGAUAUUCCUCACCGAUAAUAGGGCCAAGCUUUGCCGCCCUAUCAAAUGGAUCUGUAACAGAUAAGGUUACACCCGACAUGGCCCACUUAGUACAUCCAUACUGGAAUCAAUUUCCCGCUAUGGAUCCAAUGUGGGCCAAACUUUUGACUGCUUAUAUGGUUGUGAUUGGCUUAAUUUCAUGGUGCGGAAACGGUGUGGUGAUUUAUAUAUUCUCCACAACCAAAUCUCUACGUACGCCUGCAAAUCUUUUAGUUAUUAAUCUAGCGAUAUCCGAUUUUGGCAUCAUGAUCACCAAUACUCCCAUGAUGGGCAUAAAUCUCUUCUACGAGACAUGGGUAUUGGGUCCAUUAAUGUGUGAUGUUUAUGCUGGUCUCGGCUCAGCUUUCGGCUGCAGUUCAAUACUGUCGAUGUGUAUGAUCUCGUUGGAUCGUUAUAAUGUCAUUGUCAAGGGUAUGGCCGGUCAGCCGAUGACCAUUAAAUUGGCCAUAAUGAAAAUUGCAUUGAUCUGGUUUAUGGCUAGUAUCUGGACCUUGGCACCGAUAUUUGGCUGGAGCAGGUAUGUGCCAGAGGGCAAUUUGACAUCUUGCGGUAUUGAUUAUUUGGAACGUGAUUGGAAUCCUCGCUCUUAUUUGAUCUUCUAUUCUAUAUUUGUAUACUAUCUGCCACUAUUCUUGAUCUGCUAUUCCUACUGGUUUAUCAUUGCGGCUGUAUCAGCUCACGAGAAAGCCAUGCGCGAACAAGCCAAGAAAAUGAAUGUCAAAUCUUUGCGCUCAUCUGAGGAUGCCGACAAGAGCGCCGAGGGCAAAUUGGCUAAAGUAGCCUUGGUUACCAUCUCCUUGUGGUUCAUGGCCUGGACUCCCUACACCAUUAUCAAUACCUUGGGUCUAUUCAAAUAUGAAGGACUCACCCCCUUGAAUACCAUCUGGGGCGCUUGCUUUGCCAAAUCGGCAGCCUGCUACAAUCCCAUUGUCUAUGGUAUCAGUCAUCCCAAAUACCGCAUUGCCUUGAAAGAGAAAUGCCCCUGCUGUGUCUUUGGCAAGGUUGAUGAUGGCAAAUCCAGCGAUGCCACCUCUCAGGCCACCAACAAUGAAUCCGAAACUAAGGCUUAAAUUCAUAUGGCAACGCCAACAGCACGACCACCACCUCCAGUACCAGUACCACCUCAAGUUUUAUUAAUAGGAACAUAUACUAAGUACUGUAUUAAAAUUAGCAACUGCAGCAACAGAACGAACGCUUUCGUAGUAAAUUUACUAUACUUACUAUAACCUUAUACUAUUGUAGAUACAACUUUAAAACAAAACUUUAACUAUUUUUUGAUUGUUGUAUUUCUCAAGUAUUAAACCGAUUAUGUAUUAUUUAUAGCAAACCAUAAAUAUUAUGGUGUAAAAAAACAAAACAACAAAAAAACUGUAACACUUGCAAUGUCAUUAAAGACAAAAAAAAACACAAAAAAAUGAAAUGGAAUUUUAAAUAAAGAGCAUGCAAACUUGUAAAAAGUUAAAAAA